CACCAUCUUCCAACCUGCGCGUCGCAGUUAUGGACUCUGGUGAACUGCGGAAGCUCUUGUAUAUAAACUUUGAAAUGAACAAUGACGACUAUUUUCAUUAUGUUAACAAUAAAUAUAUUAAAAUGAUCACUAUACAACUUUGGGUAUUUUUCGUAUAUUUAAAAAGUACACCGUAUACGUACAACCCUCAAUAUGUACUUUGAAUUUUUCGAGCGCUUUAAGUAAUGGAUCGCUGUAUAUUUCCAAAAUUAUAUGUAAUAAACAUACAAGGAAUAAGAAACUGACAAUACAUAAUUAUUUUUUUUUAUAUUAUAUUACUUAUUACUUCAAUUUUGUAUGUUUAUAUUUUGCACGUGUUUUUGUUUACCGAAUAACUACGACUUAUUACGUAGUGCCGCGUAUAUAAGUGCGGCUAAAUCUACGGCGGGUUUGAGGAAUUUAUUUGUUUGAAACUUUUAUUCAAAAUUUAAAGAAGUAUUGAAACAAAUAUUCACCGAAUCAUGUUUUCCUUAUCUGUUCAAAGAACUAGCAAUGUUAUAAAUACAAUUUUAAGUCAUAAAUGUAAUCAUACCAGAGUAAUAUUUUUAAGGUUAUAUAAAAAAUCAAGCUAUAGAAACUUGAUUAAUCAUGUAUGGGAUAAGAAAACUUUAAAUACAUUACAAAAGUUUCCAAAAAAAUACAAACAUUAUGUUUCAUAUCGAGAACAUAGUACUGAAAGUUUUAAAAAGAAGGAAGAAGAUAUCAUAAAUUUGGAACAGCCGGUACUAGAGCAUAAAAUUUUACAUUCUAUGUUAGAAGAAUCUAUACAUUAUAAAGAUACUAUUAUGCCGCCCGUUAAAACAAAAGUAGAAGUUAGUUACCAACAAAUAUGUCAAUUGUAUACUGUGGAUUGGUCUAAUGAACCUGUAUCAAAUAUUUAUGAUGCCAUUAAAAAAAUAUCAUACUGUCACUUAAGUGGCUCAUGUUUUGAAACAUCAAUGUAUGACAAUAUUUUACUUCCCCUUGGGGAAAAAUUAAAUUCGUUAGAGAAUAAACAAUUAAUGAUACUCAUGCAGCACUUGAUUGUGCUCACUGAUGAAAUUCAAAAAUCAAACAAUUGGCAAUCUUUCCUUAAAAAAUUAAACAAAGAAUGCUUAAGACGAUUUUUUCCAUCAACCAUUGAAAACAUGUUAUUAUUAGCUGAUGUAUUCUAUCAACUUGAAGAUAUAGAAUCUUAUUAUAUGUGGCGUGCUUUAAGAAAAAUAGGCUCAAAAUGUACAAAGCUUUCACCAAAACAUAUGGUUCAAUUAUUCUUCCUUAUAACUUUUGUUAAGUCAAACUGUAGCAUAAAUAUGUACGAAGCUGAGUGUAAGUUGCAAGAAUGCAUACAUGAACUCAGUGGAAAUGAAUUAGGUAUAGUUACAAGAGGCUUUUUUUUGAAUAAACAAAGCAUUAGAAAUAAGAUUUUAUUGGUUGAGAUAAUAAGGAAAGUUAAACAAAAUAUUCAAUCCAUGGACAGUACUACUAUAGCAUCAGUUAUGAAACUAACAAGAUACAGUGAUUGCUAUCAUUGCUUGGUAGAACUUCAAGAUUUACUGAAAUGUUUACAUACAGAAAUACCAAGACUGUCAUUCAUAUGUUUAACACACAUAGCACAUGUAUUGGGAGGUUAUCGUAUAUACGAUGAAACUUUAACAAAAAUCAUUCUUGAGAGGGUAAUAAAUGAAAUGAAAUCUGCAAGACUAAAGGAUAUCGAAAGGAUUUUAUUUACUAUCUAUACAGUUGCUCCUCAAACUGAUUAUUAUCAGGAAAUAGUUAAGAAAUUACUGAAUGAGAUUGUACUAAAUUAUCAAACCAACAGAUUAGAUGAAAUCAAUAGGUAUGCGGUAUCGUUAGUACGCAUUUUAUCAUAUGUUAGUGCUAAAGGUAUAUAUGUACCACAACUAAUUCAGCACGUAUUUCAACCUUCAUUUAUACAAAAAACAUAUAAAAAUAACAUGAGAUUACUGACAAAUGAUCUGUUAGUAUUGCAGUGCACUAUUCAAAUAGAGUUUCCUUACUAUCAAGGCCAAUUAUUGUCAGAACAGCUAUAUUCUUAUUUAGUAAAGAAAUAUACACCUUCCGACGAUAUUCAGAGAAAAGACAACAAUAUAAAAUUGCGAAGUGAAAUUGUAUUUCUAUGCAAAAACAACUUAGGACUAGAUAUAUAUGUUGAUUAUAUUUUACCUCAUUACCCAAUAAGGGAUAUAAUUUUUGGUUUGGAUGAACAUAACAAUCCUGUUGAUGUUGAACCUAUUUUAUCAUCAAUGCCCUUUGGUACACUUAAAUAUGUAAAUAGUGAUGAAUUAAAGAAAAUAAAGUGGAAUGUUCUAUGCCUACUGCCUCUUAGAGCAAAAGUAAUGGGUCAUAGUAAUUACACUGGUCCUACAUGCAGAAAAAUGAAGGAACUGAAGGCUCUUGGAUAUACCCCACUUCCGAUUCAGGAAGCUGGGUGGUAUUUGUUAAAUGAAGAAAAAAGAAAAGAAGAUUAUUUAAGGCAACUAAUUUAUGGAAAACGAAGUGAAAAUUUCAUAGAUGAGAUAAAUUUUUUAAAUUAUAAUACCAAAGAAAAUAAUGAAGUAAAUUUUUAAAAACUUAUAUUUAAUUUCGUUUUAGUAAUUUUAUAUUAGAAAGUAUUGUUUUGUUUUAAGAUGAUGACAGUCUAUUGGAACAUACAAAAGUACAUACAUAUUAUAAACACAUAUUUUUGUUGAAUAUAAACUUUAUUAACUAUACGCGUAUAUACAUGUAAAAAAAUAUAAUUUUUUUUGUCAAUUAUUUUCAAAAUAAUUAUGCAUAAAUUUUUUAGUAUAUUCAUAGGUUACAAACAAUGUAGCUGUUGCUGGUACUGUUCUUAAUAACGUUGGUUUUAAACCAUUGUACAAAGCACCAAUACCUUCAUUCCUCACAAUAUCUUUCAUAAUUAGUAAUGCUGGCUCUUUUAAGUUUUUUACCUUUAAAAAUGAAAUUAAAUAUAAAGUUCAUUAACAUACUUCAUUCUCGAUUAACACGUUCGUGCUUACUUGGAUAGAUCUACUCGUAAUAAAGAUAUGACGAUCUCUAAAAAAUUUUAUUGUCGAACUGCAUCGACAUUGGUUAAUGUCGUGACACUCAGAAACAAUGAAUAUUAUUCUUGAAUGCCACGACAUCACUCGUAUUGCUUUUGAAUAGUUUAAUUUACGACUUCGCUUUGUCUUAACCAAGCUAAAUACAGUUGUUACCCUGGGCACAAGCGUGUUGAACCUUAUUACUUAUUCACUGUUAUUCACAUAUCUAUAUUUAUAUAGAUAUGUAUAUUAUCAAAUGAAACUGACCUGUAUUCUACUUUUAAUAACAUCUGCUGGAAAUAUAACAAGCCAUAAUACAGUUCCACCAA